AUUACAGAAGUUUGUGGAGCCAAACGUGUGGGUUAUUUUGGUCCUGCUCAAUUUUAUAUUGCUUUGAAGUUAAUUGCGGCAGCGCAGUCAGGGUUCCCAGUACGAAUUGAGAGCAUUAAGAAUGAAUUGCCUCUGCCGCGGUUUAUGGCGUUGAAAAAUGUCAGUGAAGUACGUUACGGGACUCCAGCAGAACUCCAUGGAGUUAAAUUUCAGGUUCCACAUGCAACUUUGGAAAAAAAAUCCUACAAAAGAACAGAUGAAGGGGACAAACAGGAACCCAAGUCUCCACCGAUGUCUCCAAUCUGCUCACCUCCUGCUUCUCCCUCUACUUACCAGAGAAUACCCUUAAGUUAUGGAUACAGUAAAUCAAGAAGCGGGCUGGAGCAGCAGCAUGGAGCUCCUUAUGAAGUCAGACACUCUACUCACCAGCAAGAUGGACCAUCAUCAGGGAGUUAUGGAGCUAAACCUGCAGUCGCCUGUUCAACUCUUAAUCGGUCUCUUUCAGUGGAGCGGGAGCAGCAGGACAGCAGCGCCCACUACUCAGAUGACCCUUGGAGGAUAACAGAGGAGCAGCGAGACUACUACAUCAACCAGUUCAGGUCCCUGCAGCCUGACCUGAACUCCUUUAUUUCAGGUUCUGUGGCAAAGAAUUUCUUCACAAAAUCAAAGCUGCCCAUCCCAGAGCUUUCUCACAUCUGGGAGCUGAGCGACGUGGAUUGUGAUGGGGCGCUGACACUCCCAGAGUUUUGUGCUGCUUUCCACCUCGUGGUUGCGAGGAAGAAUGGUUACCAGCUGCCGGAGGCACUGCCGGAGACGCUGCUGCCCGAGUACCUUCAAGCAGCUUCUUUGAAGCCCAUGCGUGACUCUGCACUAUUUGAGUCUUAUUCUGAGACAUUGCCAGGCGGUCAGCAGGCUCGGGACUUCAGUCGGACAGAGAAGGCAUCAGCUGAAGAGGUACCUGAUAACUCUGCCCUGUUACAAGAUGCAAAGAAAGAUGAAAAACAAGCUCUUAAAGUAAACACUGCUCUCAAAACGAUACCAAAGGAAUUUCAGCACUUGACUGUGAAAACAGCUGCUCAGGAAUCUAAUGCACUUAGAGCCAGACCACGAUCCAGGUCUUAUUCUAGCACAUCAAUAGAGGAUGCCAUGAAAAAGGGAGAAGAGCCCCCAACUCCGCCUCCAAGGCCACAGAAAUCACAUUCCAGAGCUUCCUCUUUGGAUCUGAACAAAAUAUUUCAACAAAACACACAAGCUGUGAGGUCUGGCUGGCUGCCCCCACCACCACCUGCACUGCCCCCUCGACCUUCUGUAUCUCAGACAGAGCAAGUAUCUGAGGUUGAAUUACAUCCUCAGAUGAACAGACCCCCGUCGCAGGCAGAAGAAAACAGUUCAGCAAAAAAGGAGGUUGUUCUCUCUCAGCCACCCUCCAAACCUGCCCGCAGGAAGCUCCGGACGGAGGUGCAGGGGCUGGAGACCCCCGAGCUUUCUCCCACUAUAAAUGUGACUUCUUCCCUGACAGCAGUCAAGCCUCACCUCCCAGUUCAAAAACAGUCUUCCAAGCAGAAACGGGCUAUUCAGACCGCUAUACGAAAAAACAAAGAAGCCAAUGCUGUGCUCACCAGGUUGAACAGUGAGCUCCAGCAGCAGCUGAAGGAGGUUCACAAGGAACGAAUUGCCUUGGAAACGCAGCUGGAGCAGCUACGUCCUGUCACUGUCUUGUGA